UCAGCCCUUAGGUUCCACAAAUCUAACUUUCUAGCAAAACCCAUACUGGUCUUUCCAUGGCUAAGCCUACUUCCAGAUCAUCAGACCAUCAUAGGAUGGCAUUUCAUGCAGUGGGGCUCUUUGUCCUUUCAAUGCUAGUACAAAGCUCUAAUGCAACCGAGUACAAGGUGGGUGGUGCAAAUGGGUGGACAGUGCCUGCAGAUUCAAGGGCCAUGACAUUGAAUCAAUGGGCAGAGAUGAAAAGGUUUCAGACUGGGGAUUCUCUAUUGUUUGUGUAUCAAGCUGACAAGGAUUCAGUGCUUCAAGUAACACAAGAUAACUACAACAAGUGCAACACAGCCUCAUACAUUGCAUCUUUCAAUGAUGGGAACACUUCCUUCAAGUUCAAUCGAUCUGGGCCGUACUAUUUCAUUAGUGGGAUUGAAGACCGCUGCCAAAAAAAUGAGAAGCUGAUUGUCGUAGUGAUGGCUGAGAGGAACAAUACAUCUUCAAAUACUAACCAAACAAGCCUUGCUCCUUCUCCCUCUCCCUCUCCAUCAGGCUCUCCUGAGGUCAUCCCAUUUUCUCCUGUUGUGGUCGAACCUCAAUCUCCAUCCCCCGAUGUCUAUUUUCCUCCUCGUCCAAAUGGGGCCCCUCUAAACGCGGUGGGCCUCAUGGGUUCUGUGGGAAUUCUUCUUGGAUCAUCUAUUCUGUUUAAUUUGUAACUUAGUGUGUUUCUACGGCCGGAUGGGACCCAUAUGCAGUCAUGUUUAGAUGAUCUGGACCAUCUGUCACUAACACGGAUGGGCCAUGGCAGAAGAAUUAUCCGAGCAGAGUAUCCCCACUCUUGAUUUGUGGAAUUCAAGAUGGAUGGCUGAAACCAGAAAAUGAACAGUGCAUUGCAAUGGGAAAAUCGGUCAAGAUCAUCCAUUCUACAUGCAUUUUGGACCAUGGACAUCAUCAGUGGUGCCAGCAGAUGAACAGCCCUGGUCAUCAGAACGUGGAUGCAUGUCUACCACGCAAACCGAAAUGUGUAAGUUUAGGGUAUUUAAUUUCUUUUAUUUGUUUCUAUUACAUUUUUAGCUUGAGUUGAUAAAUUGGGGCUUUCAAGGAUAGUUUGGCUUAUGAGAAAACGCUUGUAACAAUUUAAAAAAAAAAGGUGCAAGAAGUACAUAUACUGCAUGGGUUGUUUGGCUCUCAAUGUGAAUAGUGGAAUAAAUGCAUAUUCUUGUGUUC